AUGAAUGCACCCGAAAUGGGACUGUAUCGGCCACUACGGGCGGUAGACAAUUGUUUGAGCUACCAGAACACGGUGGCGGUUAAGAAGGGCGAGGAUACUUGGUGGCUGGGAUACAUCGAGGACAUGAAAGGCGAGGGCGCCCAAAUUCAAUACAACUCCACAACAGCCCCGCCCGAGUGGAUCCACAUGGGCAGGGUCUGGCCGUUUCCUUUCUACUGGGAGAGCGGUGCAGGCAGCGUCAACGGCAAUCAAAAAUGUUAUGUGGCGCUGCGUGACAUAGCUGGCGGACCGUUCUGCUUCCGACGCGCCACCUGGCGAAGCUAUCUUGAUGGUUGUCGCGACUCCUGUCAAAUGUUCGACAUCACGACGCAGCUGGAUCAGACAUGCGGCAAAUGUCAGGCACACCUCAUCUGUCCCCAACACCAUACGAAAGAUGUUUUUCAACUAGUGCACAAAGGUCAACAUGUAGGUCUUUGGCCGCCGCCCGGUCUGUCGUUGUUGGAGCGGGAAAGCGGCCUGCUCUACACCAGGCACUUUAUUCCCUUCGAAAAAGCGCAGGAUGUCCUCAAGGACGCUUCCGACAAAUUCCGCAUCGUCAAGCAUCUGCGCGACGCUUUCAAACGACAACACGGGACCAAUGGGCCCCAUCGCUUCGACCGCUGCCGCUUUCACCUGCGUGUUGAGAAGGACGGUUGCGCGUUCAUCGUCAUCAGUUUUGCAAAGGACGCGAAGACGGCCCAGAAGACGGAGAAAACGUUGGCUGAAGUACUGCAGACUCACUUAGACAGUCGGGAUAAUCUGCCGCCGAUUAGACUGCGAGACGCGAGCCCACAGGAUGCCGGUCUAAACAGCGAUGUUGAGCGGUCGUCUGGGGGAAUUGGUCAUUUGGCACCGUGCAUGCAGAGGGACAUCCUGGCAAAUCUCGAUGUGCAUUCCCAAAUGAGGGCCAAACGAGUGUGCGCGUUGUGGCAGUUGCUGCUGAGCGACGCCCGCAUGGCGGAACAUGUUAGCUUUUCCUUCGAAAGCUGUUAUCAGCUGACAUUCGAUAGCGACAACUGCUUCAAAGCGAUCACGCUCAUGAGUCGUGCCAUCACUUCCGCAACCCUCACUCUGACCUUACUGCCAAUCCUUCAUCCAAAACACGCAUAUCUGUUGUUGCCCUGGCUUGAACACAGCCGAAACCGCCUUCUGCGAUUCAUCGUCUUCAAAGACCACACUAGCGAGAAACCGGUCACCGUUGAGCGCCGAUCCGCAAAAAGGUUCUCCCAGCACCCGGCAGCGCACCUUGCAUUGCAGUAUGAACACCUGGGCGACAGCAUACUGCUGCUCAACUGGACCGUCGGCGAGCUUUUUGGCCGGGCCAUGUUUCACGCCUUUGAAUGUGAUCCGCACCUUGCGAAUCCAAAACCGGCCCAUCUUCUGCGUGCCCGCGAGAAAGACCUGAUGCAACAGCUGACGGAAGAGUCCCACGCGCUGGACAUUGACAAACUGCGAAUCACCAUUCCGCGGUUGCUUCUGAAGUGCAGCGAAGGCCGGGAGCAGAUGUCGGCGCGCUUCAUGCACGCGCUGAACGCCAACUUCCCGCCGAUCACGGAGGAGAUGCUGCAAAAGGUCCGGGCGGUGCACGCGCGCUGGGUGCGCACUCUGAGGUAUCCCGAGGAAUGGGGUUCUAUCCAUACCUACAUCGUGCUAUUUAGCGGAUUUCACGAGGCGGGAAAUCUGUACGCGUGGGACGAUGUGGACCUGCGCCGGCUGGAUGUGUCCACACUCAGCCCCAUGGCAAUUUACGGCAUCGAUGCGCUCUUCCAUGUCUAA